CUAGUCCCAGGGCUUGGCUUCUAACUCGAAUACUACUUCAAGGUGACAUGCAUCGGUAUGUCUCACAAUAUCAUCGCAAAUCAACGUGGCACUAUCCUACUGCGGCAUAUUGUAGCCUACAUGGCCAACUGAGCUUUGCCAUCGCGAUGCGCAAACCACCUUCAGCGUUCCGUGCCAACAGCGGUAAUGGAUAUGCAAUUCGUCAAACCAUGGUACCCUCUGUCAGGCCAAUCGUCGCCGUAAAAGGGAUGGCUACGGUUACAACAUGUACGCAGACGGAUUACAAGAGCCGUUCGACAUGACGGAUAUAAGAAUUCCGCCAUGCCGCACCAACGGAGACGCAUAGUCCACCCUGUUUGCAUAUUGCACUUUGAACAUAGCAAACUCUUCAAACGCCAAACAUGAAGAUCCAGGGCCUUCUCGUUGCCCUUGGGCUUCUCGCCGACCUUGCUGUAGCAGGCUCAGGCAAGGACACUUGUCGCAAUGACAUGUGUCUCAAGGCCAUGACAAUACCUACAAAGGUCCGAGAGACACGCCGAUUCUGCCGAGCUCUCAACCGCGGCACCAGACGACUGAGAGUCCCCAAGUACAUUGACAAUGGCUGCGAUACUGCAGUGGGACUCUAUGAGCGCAUGUCUAGUGCUUGUAACUGUCUUCCCAAAGCCACCAAGGCGCCCAAGCCUGGUGACGAUUAUGGAGACGAGUACUAUGACGAUGAAUAUAAGGACGACCACAAGGACGACUACAAGGAUGAUGAGUACAAAGAUAAUGAGUACAAGGAUGACGAGUACAAGGAGGAUAAAGACGAAUAUGGUCAAGACUACCCUGACGAGGAAUAUAAGGAUGACUAUGGCGACUAUCCUGAUGAGGAGGACUACCGCAAGCCGGCUUCCACCAAGACCAAGCCUGGACCCAAGACCACUGGCGGAGGAAGACCUAAGACUACUGGUGGUGCCCGACCUACUUCCAAGCCAAACAACAGGCCCAGCAGCACUCCCAACGCAAAGCCUUCCAGCAGGCCAAACGGCAGACCUACCAGACCUGGUGGUUCCAAGCCUACCAGCGCCCCUGGAGUGAAGUCUACUCAGGGAGUCAGCCCCAAGCCUGCAAGCUCCAAGCCUACCAGUGCUCCUGGAGCCAAGUCCACUGGAGGAGUUAGCUCCAAGCCUGCUAGCUCGAUGCCUGCUAGUUCAAAGCCCGCAAGCUCCAAGCCAGCAAGUUCUGCUCCGGCAAGCUCUUCUCCUGUUAGCUCUUCCCCAGCCAGCUCUACUCCGGCCAGUUCGUCACCUGCAAGCUCUACUCCUGCCAGUUCUUCCCCUGCUAGUUCAUCGCCUGCAAGCUCUGUACCGGCGAGCUCUGCCCCAGUCGGCUCCCCCGCAAGCUCUCUUCCCGUAAGCUCUGCUCCUGCAAGCAAUGCAGCCAGCUCGAUGCCUACUAGUGGCGCUAGCUCGAUGCCAGCAGCUUCCAACAGUCUUGCCAACCGCGCCGAACCCAACUCCACUGCAACUCCUCCUCUGUCAGCCUCCAGAGCCUCUAACAGCCCUACGAGAACUCCAGCCCUGACCCGUUCCCGAGACUCUGCUCGACCUUCUGGUACCAAGUCACGCAAGCCUGCUCCUACUCCUACCGAAGAUACCGUGGACGCAGCUAACGCUUGCAUGCAGGCUAGUGCCACUUGGUCGGAGCAGUACAACAUGCCCAAGGCCACGCCGACCAUUGCUGCGUCUCUUGCCUUUGAGUGCUUGCAAUCAGUCCCGCUAGACAGGAUGCGCGCUAGGAGAUUGAUCAAUGCUUUAUUACCCAUGAUUGAGUGGCAGAGUGACCUCGAGUAUCUCAAGAAUCCCCCUGCCGACUAUGCCUACCCGGCCGUGGACGUCAUGGGUGCGAUUGCGGCUGUUAAGAAGAAGUUGGACUCCAAUGGCUACAAGAACCAUUAUGAGUUUGACAAGGACCUUAUGGAGACCGUCUUCUUUGCUGCCCAUGAUGGUCAUUUCAACUAUUACCCCUUGAUGAUGAGUGUUUUCAGUUUUUCAUACCCGCGUGCUUUAGUGUCUUUUAGCGAAAACGGUACUUCUGUCCCAGUCAUUAAACUGCUUGAUGAUAUUCAAAAUUCCCCCGAAACUGCAUCUGCUAUUGAUACUAUCAAUGGCGUCCCUGCGUCUGAGUUUAUCGAGAAGUUGGUUCGUAUGGCUUCUCCUUACCAGGAUAUAGACACGGGUUACAAUGCCUUCUUUUAUACUGCCAAUGUCCAUGGUGACGGCGACUUUGGAGAGUUUCACUCCAACGGCCUCUUUAGCCACUUUUAUCAGGGUCCCAACACGACCUUUGUCUUCAAGAAUGGCACCACUGUUACAGAGGAGAACAUGGCGCGAGUCCAUUACCCUUUGACCGAUGUUGUCAGUGGAAAGACGUAUGGCCGUCGUUUCAACAAUGGAAAAAUUCUGUCUACGGAAACCGGUAGUUCUGAUUUUAAGCCUCCUCUCCCCGAUGGUAUUCCGGGCUACCCCAAAGCUAUCCUUGAGACUGGUGAAGGUGUGGUCUCUGGAUACUUCCUUGAAGACGAAGAGGUGAACAACGUUGCUGUUCUUGUUGUCAAAGACUUUAGUCCCAACUCCGCCAAGAAAUUCCAGGCUGUCAUGCACGAUUUCCUGAUUGAGGCCAAAUCCAAGGGCAAGAAAAAGGUUGUUAUUGACAUGCAGGGCAAUACUGGUGGCUCUAUCCUUCUCGGCUAUGACAUGUUCUUCCAAUUCUUCCCUGGCCAAAAGAUUGAUGGAUUCAGUAGAUGGAGAUCGAAUGAAGGAUUUGACACCAUGGCUGAAGUUGUUAGCGACUACGUCAAGGAUAUGGAUCCCUACAAUGAGGAAGACGAACUCAAUGUCUAUCUGACUCGCUCAUACUUCAACUACCGAUACGAUGUCAACAUGACCUUUGACGAGUUCCCUUCCUUCGAAGCCAAGUUUGGUCCACCAAAGAGCAGGUAUACAGCCAACAUGGCCUGGGACUUGAGUGAUCCUCUUACUACCACCAACGAGACCUUUGGUAUCGGUAUUGAGAUGAAUGGAUUUGGCAAAUUCUCUGAUGCGACACAGCUCUUCGCCGCAGAGGACAUUGUUAUUCUAUAUGAUGGUAAAUGCUCGUCAACCUGCACCAUUGCCAGUGACUUUCUUAAGCACCACGGAAACGUCAAGUCUGUUGUCAUGGGUGGCCGACCCCAAACAGACCCGAUGCAAGGCGUCGGCGGCGUCAAGGGUGUCCAAGUCCUCUCUUCUGAGGUAAUUCCUCUCUUUGCACAGGUCCUCGCUGCCGUGACGGAUGAAAAACGAAAGCAAAAGGUGUUGCGCCGCUUCAAGUACCUUGAUAGUGAGUUUGGUGCGGUGCUCCUUGUCAACACUCGUGACAGCAUCCUCAGAGAUCAUGUGGAAGAUGGAUUACCUGCUCAGUUUAUUACGGAGCAUGCUGAUUGUCGCCUCUUCUGGACAGAGGAUAUGCUUGGUGAUAUCUCAAAGGUUUGGAAGGCUGCCGCCAUGGCCGCAUUCAAGGGCGCCGAGUGUAUCAAUGGAGGUAUCGAGCUGCCUCAAUCGGCCACCUACUAUGCCGCAGGUCUCCUUGACGGUCUUCUUGCACCAAUUCUUAAGCUGCCCCAGACGUUGCUUGAAGGCCUCGACCUCGGUGGCCGUAGAUCUGGUGAAAGCCCUCUUUGGAAAUCUCGUCACAACCUGAAGGUCUUUACAAAUGGUAUCCGAAGUAGGGGCUAAUUUCUGGGUGGUAAGGACAGAUGUACCGUAUUGUCUUUUUCUUCUUUUCCAUUCGUUGAUUGUAUUGCCUUUUUGGAAUAUUUAGUAGAAAUAGUAUAUAAAUGUUUAAAAUUUGUUGCAUCUAUAAUCUAGCCGUUG